AUGCUGAAUCUGAGAUGGCAACACUGGACCCCGGACACUGAUGUGCUGGAGUGGACGGGAAUCUCAUCUGCGCCCACCUCGCAGCGCAAAGGCUCCAUCGUCCCUGACCUACCCACACUGCCAGCAGACACUCCGAGCACCGAUCGGCCUUUUGGUCAUCUUCGUACCAACUUCAAAGUCCUGACGACACCAGCUGCUGUCUCCCCGAACAGCUCUGCCUCAUCCACCACGCCGACAAUUAACACUGAUCGCACUCCCGAACCGCCACUAACAUCCUCCUCCCUGUCCUCCUCUAUUGCCUCAAAAUCCGCUACGGCGGCUCCUGUACCCACCAUCACUACACACAAUUCUGACACACUGACAAACAUUCAACCCACUCACCAACAGUUCCACUAA